AUGACGGGAAACGGCAAAAGAUGGAAGAACUCGGUUCCUUUCAUGCUGCAUGUGAUCGCAGUAAAAUUUGCAUAUUAUGGGUUAGCCAAUGAGGCGUCAGGCCGUUCUUCAUCUACAGAGUCAUCUUUCUUUACAUGUUUCUCUCUUUAUUUUAAAACGGUUUAUUCCAGAUGUUUGGCGCCUCUGUUAUCAUUUAAAGGUCGCAGUUCACCGACCACUCGGAAAUCGAACGAGACUAUCUAUCUAUCUAUCUAUCUAUCUAUCUAUCUAUUCAUAUCUAUCUAUCUGUCUAUCUGUCUGGCUAUCAGUCUAUUCAUAUCUAUCUAUCUACCUAUCUGUCUAUCAGUCUAUUCAUAUCUAUCUAUUCAUAUCUCUCUAUCUCUCUAUCUCAGUCACUUCAUUUCUAUCUAUCUAUCUAUCUAUCUAUUCAUAUCUAUCUAUCUAUCUCAGUCACUUCAUUUCUAUCUAUCAGUCUAUUCAUAUCUAUCUAUCUAUCUAUCUAUCUAUCUAUCUAUCUAUCUCAGUCACUUCAUUUCUAACUAUCUAUCUAUCACUCUAUUCAUAUCUAUCUAUCUAUAUAUCUAUCUAUCUAUCUCAGUCACUUCAUUUCUAUCUAUCAGUCUAUUCAUAUCUAUCUAUCUAUCUAUCUAUCUAUUCAUAUCUAUAUAUCUCAGUCACUUCAUAUCUAUCUAUCUAUCUAUCUAUCUAUCUAUCUAUCUAUCUAUCUAUCUAUCUAUCUAUCUCAGUCACUUCAUUUCUAUCUAUCAGUCUAUUCAUAUCUAUCUAUCUAUCUCUUCAAAUCUAUCUAUAUAUCUCAGUCACUUCAUAUCUAUCUAUCUAUCUAUCUAUCUAUCUAUCUAUCUAUCUAUUCAUAUCUAUCUAUUCAUAUCUAUCCCUCUAUCUCAGUCACUUCAUUUCUAUCUAUCUAUCUAUCUAUCUAUCUAUCUAUCUAUCUAUCUAUCUAUCAGUCAGAUUGUCAGUCUACCUCAUUUUGUCCCUAUCUGUCUUUCUCACUGUCCCAGUGUGUUCAACUGUCUAUCUAUCUAA